AUGCGUUUAGUUGUCGAAAGUGUCCUGCUAAACUUCACCAACAAAGGAGAUUUAACCUACCAGCUCAGCAUAGAUUUACUCUCAGUACAACAGCCAUCGACGAAUAUGUCUUCUGAUAUUGGACAAAUCACCGCUGCUCUACACGCCUACGGCGCAGCCCUCAAGAGCGGCAACGUAGACCAAGCCGUCAACCUCUACACAUCAGACGGCGUCAUCCUCCCACCACACUUUACCGCCAGCGCCGGCACCAAAGCUCUCCACGAAGCCUACACACGUAUUUUCAGCAGCAUUGAGCUCGACCCCACGUUCCACAUCGACGAGAUAGUCGUCAUGUCACCAGAGUGGGCGUUUGCGAGGACGACAGCCUCGGGGACAAAGACCAUGAAGGCUACGCAGGAGUCGGAGCCGCAUUCUAAUCAGGAGCUGUUUAUUAUGAAGAAGGAGGAUGGGGAGUGGAAGAUUGCCAGGUACGCGUUUUCGACUAUGAAGCCGCUGAUUCAAAAUGGGGUUCGGAGGAGUUGA